AUGCCGCAUAUAACUCCUAUUUUAACCCAAGGUGAUGGAUAUGGAAUUAUCGUGGGUUUCGGUGCCUUAUUUGCUUUAGGAAUGGUUGCAGCAACUUACAUAUUGAAACGUUAUCAUGGCGAAGCAACGGAUUCCAGUGAAAGCUUUUCGACGGCUAAUCGAACAGUUAAAACAGGUCUAAUCGCCUCGGCUGUUGUUUCCUCAUGGACAUGGGCAGCCACGUUACUACAAUCAAGUUCCAUUGCUUAUUCCUAUGGCGUAUCCGGUCCAUUUUGGUAUGCAAGUGGAGCGACGGUACAAAUUGUUUUAUUUUGUAUUAUUGCUAUUGAAUUAAAACGACGUGCUCCAUUUGCACACACAUUUCUAGAAGUUAUUCAUGCUCGAUAUGGCCAAAUGGUUCAUCUGGUAUUUAUUGUCUUCUGUAUUUGCACGAAUAUUCUUGUUACAGCCAUGUUAUUAACAGGAGGUUCAGCUGUAGUUCAAUCAUUGAGUGGAAUGCAUAUUGCUGCUGCAUGUUUCCUUCUGCCACUAGGAACGAUUGUUUAUACAAUGUUCGGCGGAAUAAAAGCUACGUUUCUGACUGAUUAUGUUCAUACAGUAGCUGUUCUCAUUAUUAUUCUAUUUUUCACAUUUGUUACAUUUACAACAUCACCACUACUUGGUUCAGCAUCUAAAGUAUAUGAUUUACUUGUAAAUGCUAGUCGGUCACAUCCUAUUGAAGGUAAUACCGAUGGAUCCUAUUUAACAAUGCGUUCUUCUGAAGGUGCUAUAUUUUUUAUCAUCAAUGUCAUCGGAAACUUCGGUACUGUUUUUCUCGACAAUGGAUAUUAUAAUAAGGCUAUCGCAGCAUCGCCAGUUUCGGCUCUGCCAGGUUAUAUACUUGGCGGAUUAUCUUGGUUCGCUGUGCCAUUUCUCUGUGCGACAACGAUGGGAUUAGCUGCGGUGGCAUUGGAGAGUAAUCCAGCAUUUCCAACAUAUCCACAUCGUUUAGAUCCCGAUGAUGUCUUAGCAGGUUUAACAUUACCAGCUGCUGCUGUUGCUCUAUUGGGUAAAAAUGGUGGAAUCGCAACAUUGAUUAUGGUAUUCAUGGCUGUAACAAGUGCUAUGUCAGCACAAUUGAUAGCUGUGAGUUCGAUAAUUACGUAUGAUAUUUAUAAGAUUUAUUUUAAUCCAAAAGCAAGUGGCAAGAAGCUUAUUUACAUUUCCCAUGUGUCCGUUGUCAUAUUUGGUCUAAUUAUGAGUGCAGUAGCUACUGGUUUAUAUUAUAUUAAUAUCGAUUUAGGUUAUUUAUAUUUAUUUAUGGGUGUUAUUAUCUCUAGUGCAGUCGUACCAGGUGCUUUGACUUUACUUUGGAAUCGACAAAGUAAAUGGGCUGCUUGUCUUUCUCCGGUAUUCGGUGUGAUUUGCUCUAUAAGUGCAUGGUUGGUUGUAACUAAAGUCAAGUUUGGAACGAUCACAGUUCAUACUACCGGUUCAAAUAUUUCUAUGUUGGUGGGCAAUAUUGUGGCUCUGUGUAGUCCGGUAUUGUUUGUGCCAAUUCUUUCGUUUAUUGCACCAGAUAAAGAGGUUUAUAAUUUUAACUCAAUGAAAGAAAUUAAACGAGAUGAUGAAGGACCCAAAAAUCUUGCGAUUGUAAGUUUUGACGAACUAGAACGUGAAAUGGUUCUACUAACGCGCAACUCAAAAGUUGCUCGAAUUACCGCUGCCCUACUCACAUUAUGUCUCAUUAUUCUUUGGCCGUGGCCUAUGUAUGGAACAGGAUAUGUUUUUAGUAAACCUUUCUUCACCGGUUGGAUCAUCAUUGGAAUUAUUUGGAUGUUUAUCUCAUUUAUUAUUGUCGGCAUUUAUCCGAUUAUUGAAGGUCGUCAUUCGAUUGCAUCAGUUAGCAAGAAAGUAUACAAUCACAUUGUGUACAAUCAUCGAUCAAGUGACAGUGGCAAAAUACCAACUAAUCUCGCCGAUUCGAAAAUGACUGUAGAAAAUAUGGGCAUUAACAAUCUUGAAUUUUCUUUUUAG